CCAGACAGCCGAAGAAGAAGAACUAAAGCAAGACGUCCCAGCUGAGUGACGGGUGUUGUGAGAUGUACUCCAACAGGGUCGGUCGGCUCAUGCUUGGGUUGAGGAGCCUGAAGGCGGCCUCCUCCUGCGCUGCGACCCGGAGAGCGGCGAGUCGGAGCGGCUUCAGCCGGGCUGCGGUGUGGAGGCAGCGGACACUGAGGCAGCAGAGGAGCGCCUGUGCUGGCAUGCAGCAGACCAGCAGCAGGUCAGCCUCCCACACCACUGUGGACCCCGGUGAGGUGAAGAGGUUCCAGCUGCUAGCCAACAAGUGGUGGGAUGAAGAGGGGGACUUUGCUGCUCUCCAUGCCAUGAAUGACCUCAGGGUGCCUUUUGUACGGGAUAAUCUGUUGAAUGCGCAGACAGAGCGUCAUCCCGGAAAACCGCUAGCAGGACUGAGAAUCCUGGAUGUGGGCUGUGGUGGAGGCCUGCUCACAGAGCCUCUGGGUCGCCUGGGAGCCACGGCGUUGGGUAUAGAUCCAGUAGAAGACAGCGUCCGCAUCGCCCGGCAGCAUUCGUCGCAUGACCCAGACCUCCGCGAUCGGGUGUCCUACCGGGCCUGCACCCUGGAGGAGCUCUCGGGCGAGGAGGAGCAGACGGAGACCCGUUUCGACGCAGUUGUGGCGUCCGAAGUUGUGGAGCAUCUGGCCGACUUGGAGACGUUUGCCAUCUGCUGCGGUCGCGUUCUGAAGCCAGGAGGUUCCCUCUUCAUCACCACUAUAAAUAAAACCAACCUGUCGUACGCACUGGCCAUCGUCGCAGCCGAAUACCUGCUGCAUAUUGUUCCCAGGGGGACACACGACUGGGAGAAGUUCGUCAGCCCCGUGGAGCUGGAGCGCCUCCUGGAGUCCAAUGGUUUCUUGGUGCAGUCUGUUCAAGGAAUGCUGUACAACCCAAUCUCUGGAGCCUGGAGCUGGACAAACAGCACUGCCAUCAACUAUGCGCUCCAUGCUGUCAAGCAGGACGAUGUGGAUGAGGACAGUGGCUCCCCCCUGGGGGGCCAGCCCGAAGCCACACACAGCUGAGCCACUUCGCAAAAGAAGGAAAGACGAGAAAAAAAAAAAAUGAAAAGAGGGAUUGAGAUGUGUUGACUCCUGAUGUUCCUCUGGUCAGAUGUGAAGUAACAAUUAGAGAGGGAGUUUCUUCAAGGAAUAAAGACAAACUUUGUGUAGAAUGGCGUGCAUACUCUAGUCAUCAAUACAUACAUUUAAGACUUUGUCAAACUUUGGAUGUGUCUAAAACCAUGAGUGUUUGGUACGGAGUCAUCAGGCCUUUCAGUAAUUGUCACUCCUCAGGCAUAUCAAUUUUUUUCUUUCUUUUUUUAUUUGGUGUGCAUUAAUGUCAUCCUAUGCUGCUCUACAUCAUUUUGCCAACGAUGAAUUUGAAUGUUUAUCAAAAUGCAUCAGCCUCUGAUAGAAAUUGAUGUUCUGUCAUGUAUAUCUCUUGGAAUUUAGAUUUUUUUGUUGUUGUUUUUUUUGGCUAAUAAAAACAUGGCUUCACGAUUUCCA